UAAUAAACGUAAUAACGUUUGUUGUGUUAUGGCAGCAAGAGCUACAAUUUCUGCCACAGCUAAAGUUAUCAGUAAACCACGACGUUUUAUACCAAGGAGAGCUGCUCUUACACUGAGUCCAAGUGCUGUAAACAAAAUCAAAGAAAUAUUAAAAAGAAAGUCAGAUGUGAUUGGAUUGAAAGUUGGUGUUAGACAACGUGGAUGCAAUGGUUUAUCAUACACAUUAGACUAUGUGAAGGAGAAAGAAAAAUUUGAUGAGGAGGUUGAGCAAGAUGGGGUGAAAAUAUUUAUUGAUGCUAAAGCUCAGUUGACAUUGCUUGGAACAGAAAUGGAUUUUGUUGAAGAUACAUUAUCUAGUGAAUUUGUUUUUAAUAAUCCUAAUAUCAAAGGAACUUGUGGUUGUGGUGAGAGUUUUUCAAUAUAGAAAUAUAAUUUUUCUGCUAUGUAUUUUAUUUCAUGGUUACAAUGUACAGUAUAUGCAAGCUAAAAGAAUUGUGCUAUUCAAAAUAAUUCUGCUGUGUUAAUUGUGAUUAUGGUGUGGGCAUUUUGUACAAUAUUCAAAUUGACU